CCGGGUGAUGAUGAUAGCCUGAGUGAUGAUGGCAUGAUGAAGAUAGAAAUCUGAUAGUAAAGAGAAGUAUGACAGAUCACUCCCAAAUAUAGCCCUCUCCAGAAACCACUUGGACAGAAAAAAGUCCAGAGAAAGAGAACUGAGGUGUCCAAUACAUGAGUGAGGCCUUCUUGGAUCCCUAGCUCUCGUCAAGCCUUCCCAACACCACGAGGAACAAAAAUGAGCCAUCCAAAUGAGCUUUACCCAAAUUCCUGACCCACGGUGUCAAGAGCAAUGAAAGGGUUGUCGUUUGGCUCUUUCCGCCAUCUUUUCGUGCCUCCACAAUGGUGCACAUGAAUGUCCUGCCUGAUGCUCUCAAGAGCAUCAACAAUGCCAAAAGAAGAGGCAAAUGCCAGGUUCUUAUUAGGCUGUGCUCCAAAAUCAUCAUCUGGUUUCUCACUGUAAUGGUGAAGUAUGGUUACAUUGGCAAAUUUGAAUCAUUGAUGAACACAGAGCUGGGAAAAAUUGUUGUGGACCUCACAGGUAGGCUAAACAAGUGUAGAGUAAUCAGCCCCAGAUUUGAUGUGCAACUCAAACAUCUGGAAAAAUGGCAGAAUAAUCUGCUUCUAUCCCGCCAGUUUGGUUUCAUUGUACUAACAGCCUCAGCUGGUAUCGUGGACCAUGAAGAAGCAAGAAGAAAACACACAGGAGGUAAAAUCCUGGGAUUCUUUUUUUAG